AAUGUUUAUGUUGUGGUAAGCUUCUCUUCCCUUCCUUGAAUCACUGAUGCACCCCAUUCGAUUACAAUGAUGGUUGCCUCCCCAUCUAUACGCUGUAAACGACAUCAUCGAACCUCGGUUUGAUCAUUUUGUAUUACAAUGUUGUACCACUAUCGGCGAGUAAAUUUGCCUCAAAAUAGCAAAACGCAACCCACAGCAAGCAUCUGCCUCGCAAACGAUUGUAAUCAAACAGAACAGAUGGAACUGAGGCGUUUACAAAAAGGACCAGAGCCACCGUUACCACGGUUAGUUCUGUCACGGCGAUUCGUGAGAAGAGUGUGAUAAUUGUAUUAUUCCUGUGAUUAGUGAUCACCAAAGCACAUAGCAAAAUGAACAAGACCGAGUUGAGCAAGGACCAGAUGAAGAUUCUGAAGGAAUCCUUCGAAGCGUUCGACAUCGAAAAGAAGGGCAGCAUCUCGGUAGAAGUGGUCGGUACAAUUUUGGAGCUGCUCGGCCAAACACUGUCCGAGGAGGAGCUCAAGGAGGUGAUGGAGGAGUACGAUGUGGACGAGUCGGGUCAGAUUGAGUUCGAUGAGUUUCUGGAGCUCGCGUCAAACUUUGUCGAGCCGGAGGAAGAUUACGACGCGUUGCGGGCCGAGCUGCGCGAGGUGUUCAUGAUGUACGACAAGAAUGGAACCGGGUUCAUUCCACUGGAUGUAUUUAAGAAGAUUCUUCAGGAACUGGAUGGUGCAGUGCCAGAAAAUGAGUUGGACGACAUUAUUGAUGAAAUUGAUGCGGAUGGUUCAGGAACGGUUGACUUUGAAGAGUUUAUGGAGGUGAUGACGGGUGAAUAAACGGACAAAGAGCUACAA